UGGGUAGCCACAGUGAUCAGACUGAUUCAGUGCUGGUACGUGUGAGGUUUCGUGUAGCCACGGUGAUCGGACUGACUCAGUGCCAGGGCCUCUUCACAUGGAGUCUGUCAGCAGCACCAUCCUGACAUUGUUGGUGACGAGCACAAUCCUACAUGUGGGCUCCCCAAGGCGGGGUUUUGGGGCUGACGAUGACACAGGUUCUGACUACGGUGGGCACUAUGGGCAGAGAGGGUGCAAGGACAUCUGCGAACCAGGCUUCGUACCAGUGGACAUCUCCGGUCUCUCUUGUAGCCGUGGACGCUGGUUCAAGUAUGGGACAAACAUCCCGACCCAGGACAUCGAGUGUCAAGAACUGCCACCAUUCAACGUGGUGAAUGUUUCUACCCCAGCGGACAGCAUCACCUUGUCGGGUCACUUCGAAUCCUGUCCCAACAGCAGUGCUGACAAACUGAAUGUCUGGCUUCGCUGUAAAUGGUAUGAGAGUCACAAUUCACGCUGUAAAUCAGGCUCGGAGGUCAUCAGCCAAAGUCAUCCCUACUGUAGCUCGGCUCUGCAUAACUGGACCUGCCAAAAUCUCAGGCCGUUCUCCCGGUACGACAUCCAGCUCUUUGUGAAUUACUCUCUUCCCAGCUCUGGCAGCUCUGGAUUUGGAUACAGCCAAAGACAGAUGCAAACUUUCGAGAAACCACUUCACACAUCGAGGGUAAACACCAGCCAAGCAGUGCCUGACAAACCCUGGUUGCUGACUGUGGACAUGGUCGAGGGGAGGAUUAGCUGGGAUCUACCGAAUUCAUGCCGUGCUCAAGUCCUUGGUUCUCAGAUAACCAUUGUUGGAUCGAGAGCCCACAAUGCCUCAUUCCCUUCUGAACAUGUGUUCACUUUCGAUACCAGUACAACACAGCUAAAAAAUUACACCUUCAUAUGUGCAACGAAAUACAACAUUAUUCUGCAAGCUGACAGCUCGGUGGGCUUGGGGAAUAAAGAAGAAGUGAUAAGGAUGACUGCAGCAAAAGAACCGCUUGUUCCCGAAAUUCAGAGUCGUGUUUCAGAAAUCACUGGCUCGACGGCUCGUAUCCAGUUCACACACUCACACAGAGAAUGCACUGCAGUGUCAUUUUACGAAGUGAUUGUUUCAUCGACAAGUUAUGAUUCACGUUCCGAUCGGGAAAGGUUGUGUCAGAAUAGGCAUCUGCUUGCAUUCCAAGUGGAUCAUCCAUUCAACGACUACAUCAGUCUGCGCAUUCCCACUGCCAACGUCUCUGGAACAAUGACGUUGACCAUCGGAGAUGAUCAGACCAUUGGCAACUUCUGGAACAGACGUCUGGAGUCUGACCAGCAAUACACAGUCACGUUGCGAGUCGUCAGUGACUGGAGUCCGGAAGUGAAGACUGUGUGUGCGUAUUAUGAACCGUUCUAUGGAGGAGGCGGAAGCAGCCCAGGCAGGCCAGAGAACAAAUGGUCCAACGUUUCAUUGCGAAGAGCUCAGGUGAAGACUGAGCCUGUGGAGAGUUCAGCAUCAUCCAUUCUCAUUCAUCUCUCCCCAACCCCACUGCCUCACCUCCCUCUCCGCAACUCCACAUCUCCCUGAUACACAGCAUCUCCCUAUCACUCCCCUCUGAUACCACCACUCUCCCUAUCACUCCCCUCUGAUACUGCCACUCUCCCUAUCACUCCCC